CCCAGCUAGGCGCGAUGGAGGCACGCAGCAGCAGGGAGCUCAGAGCCAGGAAUUAUUUGGAAAAACAUCGGAUUAUGGAGUUGCUGACCUAUCUUACCAGCGCCCUCGUCUUUUUCCGGCCGGAAAGACCAAGAGAGUAUUUAAUAUCUAUAUUGGAACGGCUGAGAAUUGCCAAAAUAUCAGGCGUGGCUCUCCCUUUCUUUAUGGAUAACUCUAACAUUGCAUCUAUGUUUGAGAUGCUGGACUCCUCGAAUAAAGGAUCCAUAUCAUUCAUACAGUAUAAAGAAGCACUAAAAACCCUGGGUCUGUGUACUGCAGAUGAAGUUUUCAAAGAUGAUGGACAUGGAGUAACUUUCGAAAAAUUCAGGGAUGAAGUAAUACAGAAUUAUGUACUGACUGGGCCAGAAUGACACCUCUUCAGGUUACUGCACCGGCCCAAGAAAUGGACAAGACACAGGAGGACCACGGCAGGGACAGCGCAGUGGCCCCUGGAGAACCAGCGGGUCCGCAGUGCCCUGGGGGCAGCAUGGACAGGAACACACCCACCGGGCCGAGAGACAGCCGGGCCACCCUCCAGCCAGGACAUUCUUGUACCGCAGAAGUUCCUGUUACUGUUCCAAUCUUUGCCUUCUCCAGGGGAUCUUCCCGACCCAGGGACUGAACCCAGGUCUCCUGCAUUGCAGGCAGACUUUUUACCAUCUGAACCACCAGGGAAGUCCCCAUUCCUAUCCUUAAAGUUACUUUAUUAUUUUACUGCUCUACAAACUCUGAUACAUCAAGGUGAAGAAAAUAAAAUUUGGGUCAAGCACCAUUUACUGAAGAUACUUGAAAAGUUGAAAGACAAGGGAAUUCAGGUAAUAAAAUUAAAUUCUUGUUUUUAUGUAACAAUUGAGGAAUUUUCCUCUCAUGUGAACUAAUGUUUAAGGUCUUACUUAAGUUACGAAAAAUCCCAAAGCUAAAAUACUGUGCUAGAGUUCUACCAAAAUAGAAAUUGAAUUUGAAGAUACUAUAAUAACCACUUUUUAGAAUUUUAUUGAAGUAGAGUUGAUUUACAAUGUUGUGUUUAAUUUCUGCUAUAUAGCAAAAUGACUCAGUUAAACAUAUAUAUAUUCUGUUUCAUACUCUUUCCUGUUAUGGUUUAUCAUCUAAUAGACUCCAUCCCUCCACUAUUCCCCUUCCCCCUUGAUAACCACAAGCCUGGUAAAAGUCAGUACUUCUAAAACUACA